CACUGGCGUAGGCUUCGAAUGACAAAAGCCAUUGCGUAACGCUGGUAGUCAGUCUCUCUGGUGGUAGAUCUCUCAGACGCGCUCAGUGGUGGCACUGCCUGCAGCAAUGGCAAGCUCACGGGCACGCGCAAUUUGCUCUGCGGCGAUACUUCAGUACAUCAUUGCCAUCAUCUCUAUACUGUUGUUCUUGGGAACUUCAGUAGAAACAGCGAAAAUUUUGGCAAUUUUCUCUGUCCCAGCCAGGAGCCAUGUUGGUGCAUAUCAACCACUCAUGGAAGAGCUGGCUCGAAGAGGACAUGAAAUGACAGUUGUGACUCCAUUUCCCAGAACAAAACCACUUGAAAAUUAUAAUGAAAUAAUAAUAGAAGACACUUUUCCAUCAAGAGAUUCUUCAGAAAUGAAUCUUUUUGAAUAUGGAAAAAAUAACUUUUUAUUUACAAUGCUCAUGAUGUCCAAAAUAUUUGUAAGCAGCUGUGAGAAGCUUGUAAAUCAGCCAAAUAUCCAAAAGUUAAUACACAGUACAGACAGAAGCUUUGAUCUAAUCAUUUAUGAACCUUUUGGUUCACAAUGCAUAUAUGGCUUGCUGCAUAAAUUCAAAUCUCCAUCCAUUCAAUUCCUUCCGAAUACUAUUACACCUAUGUUAGACGACUCAAUGGGAAACCCCUCUACUUCUUCAUAUAUUCCUGAUGCAUUAAUGGAGGAAGAUACAGUAAAUUUCACAACACGAUUUUUCUCACUUCUUAGAUAUGGUUUUAUCCGUAUUUUCCAACUUUAUAUUCAAUCCCAGAUGACCUCCAUAAUGAAAAAACACUUUCCUGACCCCUCUCUCCCUAGUAUUACUGAAUUAGAAACCAAUGCUUCCUUUCUAUUCCUUCACUCUCAUCCGAUUCUUAACUACCCAAAACCUCUAACACCUAAUACAAUUGAAGUUGGAGGAUUGCAUAUAAAAGCUGCUGGAAAUCUUCCUCAGAUGUGGAGCAUUUCUUCCCUACUAAUACUUCUCCUUAUGGGAGCAACAGCAGAAUCAGCAAGAAUCCUUUUUCUAUUUGCCUUUCCAGCCAAGAGCCAUGUUGGUGCAUUCACACCUUAUAUAGAAGAAUUAACAAAACGAGGUCAUGAAGUGACAGUGGUCAGUGCUUUUCCAAGGAAACAACCAUUAGCAAAUUACACUGAAAUUAUUGUACCUGACACUUUACACGCAAAAGAGAAAGGUUUUAACGUGUUUGAAAUGGGAGACACGUAUUUCCUUCCAAUGAUAUUUUUCUUUUUCCUUAUGGGCAGUGAAAGCUGUGAAAGAUUACUUCAAGAUCCAAACAUGCAAAAAUUAAUUCACAGCAAGGAAAUGAAAUUUGACCUUGUGAUCUACGAACCUUUCUUUACGGAGUGCACCUAUGGACUCAUUCAUAAGUUCAAUGCCCCAUCUAUUCAAAUUCUUCCAAACACACUGAUGCCUCUAAUGGGUAACCCAGUUGGAAAUCCGAAUACAGCAUCAUACAUCACAGAUAUCAUGAUGGAACAGGAGAUGCAAGGGUUCACUGGCCGUCUCAUGAACUCCUUCCGACUGGGAACAGUUUAUCUUUUCCGCAAAUUUGUUGUUGUUCCAAAAAUGGACGCACUCAUUAAAAAAUAUUACCCUGACCCCACUAUUCCGAGCGUUGAAGACAUUGAAAGCAAGGUUGCUUUUCUCUUUCUGCACAGCCAUCCCAUUCUUCAUCUUCCUAAGCCCCUCACACCUAAUACAAUCGAACUUGCAGGACUCCACAUUACGGAUAAAACAAAGAAGCUACCUCAGGAUUUACAAAAGUUUUUUGAUGAAGCACCUGACGGUGUGAUUUACUUCAGUUUGGGUUCAAAUAUUCGUAGUGUCGAUAUGCCAGAAAAAAUGCGCAAUGCAAUCCUGAACACUUUUGCCAAUCUAAAACAAAAAGUGUUGUGGAAAUGGGAAGAUGACACCCUUCCAGGUCAACCGCCAAAUGUAAAACUUAGCAAAUGGGUUCCUCAGCAUGAUGUUUUAGCUCAUCCAAAUCUUAAGCUUUUCAUAACCCAUGGAGGGCUCAUGAGUCUUCAAGAAUCCAUAUAUUUUGGUGUGCCUCUAAUAGCUAUACCCGUUUUUGCUGAUCAGAGGCUUAACACAUUACGGGCACAAAAGGCUGGUUAUGCGAUUUCCCUGCAUCUUAAUAACAUUACAGAAGAAACAUUAAAUUGGGCUAUUCAAGAAAUGCUCACUGAACCCAGUUAUCGCGAAAAUGUUAAAGAGGCAUCAAGAAUCUUCAGAGAUCAGCCCCAGAAACCAAUUGAGAGAGCAAUUUUCUGGACGGAGUAUGCAAUUCGUCACAAAGGAGCUCCUCACCUGAGAUCUACAGCACUAAAACUUAACCUCUUUGAGUAUUAUCUUGUGGAUGUAAUAAUCUUCUUUCUAGUCUCUGUACUAGUCUUCAUCACAAUUUCACUGAUGUGUAUGAGAAAGAUUUUUACGUGCAUGUGCUCAAAAUCGAAAACAAGUAAUGUAUCAUCUAGCAAAAAGAAAAAAUAAUUACAAGUUAUUUUACAGUCGACUCAAAUAAAAUUCUACAUUUUUUCAAUAACAUUUCAACGCAAUAUCACGUUGAUAUUCUACUUCCAAAUUAAAAUAAUUAUAUUUUUUAUAUUUACUUCAUUAAUUUU